UCAGACGAGUGUGGGUCUCGCGCGCGCGCGUGCGUGCGUGUGAUUUGCCGUCGCGUUUUGCAUCAGUGGGCGUAAUCGGCGCUCGUCGUCGCCGUCAUUGCGACAACGACCAUUAUAAUUGUUACCCUGAUUUUGCGUAAUCGACCCUUCGCGUGGCAACGUGAGAAAAUUCACGACGACAACAAUACAAACUUCGGAGCGGAUAAAACCGUCACCGGGUGUCGCGCGUUACGUCGUGAAACAUCUCUACGACUCUACCUCGCGCGACGAUCCGCGAUGCGGGCACGAGUGUCGUGAACUUAGCCACGUAUCACUCUGUGCGCCACGACGUAACGUGACGCAACGCGACGCGGGAAAAAUCGGAUGCGCGUGUCGACGAAGAGGAGCGGGGGUGCCGACGCGGGAUGAGCGCGAGAGAAGUCACCCUCUACGGCGGGUCCCCGUGGGGCUUCCGCAUGCACGGCGGCUGCGACACGCAUCAACCCCUGCGCAUCUCCAGGGUGAAUCCGGGAAGCAAGGCAGCUCAACAAGGGGUGAGAGAGGGUGAUCUGAUCAGUAAUAUUAACGAAAGAAGCACUCGAGAUCUGACUAAUAGUGAGGCGCACGCUCUGUUACGUAAUUCUGGGGAGCAGCUAAAACUCGGUCUCAAUCAAGAAAAUAUCGGCUCGCCAAAAAGGAGGAUCUACAGGAGCAGUCUGCAAGAGAACAUCACUACCGAAAUUCAGAACAAGAUCACCACCAGGACCACAACGACAACGCGCACACGGACGGAGUCGGAGAGGAACGUUGCCAAUGACACAAAAGUCGAGCAAAGCUACGCCAAUCAGAACGGUGCUCUGAAGAGCUGCCCGAGCGAGCAACAAAGCGACGCUAAGAAAGGACAUUGCGACCUUCUGGAUUACGCAACCGACGCGGAGGACUACGCCGUGAUGCCGCAGGGCAAUGCGCGCAACCGCAACCGCAGCCGCAGGAAUCGGAACCGACGGCGACCUCCUCAGCCAUCGACGAACAUCACGGAAUCCUCGCGAAAGGCCGAGCAGAGGAAGCUCGAGGAGGAAAAUCGUCUGACUUCGAGGAACGAGCGCGAUAACGGCGACGAUGACGAUGACGACAACUCGAAGACGAACGACUCCGUCGCGGAGAAUCCCGUUCCGGAGAAUGUCGACUUGACCGAAAACGAGGAUCGGGGCGGAUCCUCGUUGAAUCACAGAUGCAGAUUCCAACCGAACGAUAAGCGCAGAAUCGAGAAGAUCGACUUGGCAGAAUCUCGUCCCGGGAUAAUCGAGAUCACGACCGUCAGCAGUUUACCUCUGGAAGCGACGAUCGGCCAUAUCGCCGGGGUGGGUAUUUUGGAGACCGGAAAUGGUAACGGAGCAUUGAAGGAAGCAACGAUAGUGACGAUAUCGGAACCAGUGGAAUUGGUACGACCGCUUUCUGGUUGUAUAAAGACCAGGCUCUCGCGAGAGAAUGAGACUCGAUUGGAGAUUCGAGAAGUCAAUGACAGCGAUGCGGAGGCCGAUUGUGGGUCAGCAAUCGUCGAAUUCGAAUCCGAUGCAGAGUCGGUCGGGGGACAGGAUUCCGAGGAUCGCGUGGAAUUCAAGCCAAGGGAUCGGAUCGGGCAGCAAUACGUGCCACAGAAAAAGUUUCCCAAACCGGAAAUGGAAUCCCCGACUCUGAUGUGGGCCACCGUGAUGCCUAGAGACGUGGAGAAAAAGCUGCGAAAUUUUAUCGAGGACCUGCAACUACCGAGUUUCUCCGAAGAAGUAAUUGAGGAUGAGGGGAGAUCUCUCGAGAAAAUUACGUGCGAUUUCGCGGCAGAAGAGAACAGAUCCUUUGAAAAAGCAGCUAGCUCGCCACGUCGGAAAACGAGGAAGCGCGCGAUGUCGGCGUCGCAUUACGCCAGCAGCUUUCUGGAUAUUAUACAAGAGGAGGGUGAAAGAUUAUCGGAAGACGAGGCACAACAUAUCAGAGAUUUCAUAAAUGAAGAAAUCAGCAAGUAUCGGCGCGAAGACAGGCAUUCUGUCGAGAAGAUGACAUCGAUGGAUGACAUCGAAGCGAGAAGGGUUGAUACUGAUAAAAUUGAAUUGGCUGAUGAGAAAUCGGAAUGCGAUAUUAAGAUUAAGAUUGAUACGAUGAAGAAUGACAUUUCGGAAUUAUGUUCACGCGAUAAAGCAAACACUGGCGACGAGAUUAAAAACGUCGCGAGUCCUGAAACCGAAGUAAUAAAAGACAUUGAUCCUGUGACUGAAAUGAUGAGCGAAAAAAUGAAUGCAAAGGACGACAUCCUAAAUAAUGAAUCUCUGGAAACUUUAGUAGACGCGACGAGAGCUAAUUUAAACCUCGAGGACUGUUGUAUUAUUGAGGAAAUUGAGAUUGUGAAAAAUGAUACUACGAAAGACGGUGAGGAAAAUAAUGAAGCGGAGAAGCUAGAAAAAAACGUGACAAGUAUUGUGACUGUAAGUGAUAUCAGUGACGCAGAUGUAAGUAAAGCGGAAGGUAAUAAAUUUUCGUCCGCAGUCGAGGCACCUGCAAAAUCAGACAACCGCGAUGUUCCACGAAAAGAUUCCAUCGAGACUUGCAGGAUCGUUAAUCACAGCUUAUCACAAGUGGAUGACAGAGUUGAUUCAGCUUCGAAUUCGUCAUCGAGCGAAGUAACCCUGUCGGAAACGAAGCAACCGCCGCCUCUACCGAAGAGGUCAUCUAGUUUCAGCCGCGAGCCUCAGAGACCGCCGACGCCACCUGAAAUAGACUAUAUUUCGAGCGGCGCGAAGAUUCAGACGUCUGUUGCGGCGAACGGCGACGGACGCAAACACGACGAGUCGACGAAUUUAUCCGUGCGGAAGCUUGCGAGUUGUGAAGCGGCGGACGACGAGCUGCCACGACGGCCGGAGCUUCCCGGAGUUUGCAAGAGUUCUUGCAUGUCGAGGACCGGUCGGGCAAUUUAUAGCGAAGAUUUUUCGAGCUCGCGUGACCUCAUCUCGACAAUCGUUCGCGCUAAUGAGAUUCGUGGCCGUAUAAAUCAGGUCAGACGCGCCGACACCGCUCCGACAACCGAGAACGUUAAAGUUUCGACCGAGGGCGGUCGAUCGAUCGCGUCAUCGGGUAUUCGCGACGAUGAUCUGUCACGCUCGCGCGACACCGGUACGCACGUCGUCACGUUGGCAAGCACGACUAGCACGGAAAUAACGCGUCGCGAGGAAGGGAAAUUCGCGACGCCCGCUGCAUCGGUAGCUUAUGAUCAAAACGCGUCGUCGUGCCGGCAGAAGGGUGAGGCCGAUGUGUGCCGGUAUCCCUCGGGUCAGGAAAAACACACGAAUUCGGAAAGGAAGGAUUCUUCAGCGAAUCACGAAUCACCGAGGUGCAAUAAAUCAGAUACUCAUUCGAAUUUUUCGGUGAGAGACAAAUCGACGAUGGGUACGUCGAGUUCAAAAAGCAAGAAGAAACCCGAGGGAAAAAUCGAGAAGAACGAGAAAUCGACAUCUGGCCUUCACCGCGAACGAAUAGUGAAGAGUGAGAUGUCGGAGACGAGAAUAAUCGAACGACACGAGGAGAGUAUGAGCGCUAACCAGCGCGAUGGCCUUCGCAAUUCGAAGUAUUCGACGUGGGAGUCGAAGCGCGAAGAGAGGCGCGAGGAAAAGCACGAGGAAGAAACGCGCAGCUCAUCCCGAGAGAGCGACAUGAGGAAUUCGUCCGACGACGAGGCAAGCUUUCAAAGAACGGACGUCCCAGUGAGCGAGAGUCCCUCGCUUGAGGAUGAGUUAAUCGAUGUUCAAGGACAUGACUCGUCCAGCAGCACCACAUCCUUGAACACCGUAAAGCAUCGUCCAUUGGAAGCGUCGUUGACCGAUAUUACCGAGAUUGUCCGCGAGACGAGAGAGGAGAAUUUGAAAGACGAAGUGGGAGAAUCUCUGAAACGGAAGCUCACCUUGCUGAAAAACACGGAAAGAUCCGCAAAUGAGACGACGCCGAGAGAGAAUUCGAAAUCACCUCAGCCGGUCCCUUACUCGCCUGUGGAGGAUUUUUAUCAUGUGCCAUUGAAGAAAGCGGUUUCAGAAACUCCUGAGGCAGCCACGAAAGACGUGUUGCGACAACCACCUUCUCUCAGGAAGCUCUGCGUUGAGAGGAUUCUGUCGAUGCCGUAUGGACCGCAAGUGAUAGGCGAGAUCACUACGCCAAAGUUCAACAUCUUCGAGAGUUUGCGGACUCUACAGAGGUUUGUGAGUGACGCGCCGGCGCAUCUACAUGAUAACGCUCGACUAAACUCAAUGCAUGGAGUGAGUGAUCGACGGCACGGACUAACGAAAACGUCGGACGAGAGUGAGCGGCAUCGUCUUAACGACAUUACGAACGCUGUUUCAGACCAGGCCAAGUUACCGAAAAGCAUUAAUAUUGAGUUGUCAGAAUCGGAAAACGAAAUGGAGAACCGGGAACCACGGUGGCGUGCGCUCAUUACAACGGACCCCAGGCUUCUGGUAUGCUUGUCGCCGUCGCAACAGGCCACGCAGGUUCGCACGAGUGCCGAUACUCUGCUGGACCUUCAUCGAAAGUUCCUAAAUCGGUAUAGUUACCACGAGGAACAGCCACAUUAUGUUCCUCUGCCGCAGUACCGAGUUGAGAUUCAUCCGAUCAAAGAGGAUAAUAAUGCGAUUUCGAAAAUAUCUAAGCCGACUAUUCGAGCGAGUCAUCGAGACAACAUGAUCGAUAGUUCUAGCAGCAGGCUGCUGGAAAUUAUCAAGGAAGAACGAAACAGUCCUCGAAACGAUACACUCGCGGAUCAGACGAAGACGAUAACCGAUGACGCCAUUGGCGACUCUUUUGGGCGCAGGGGUCAAGAAUGUUUCAAGGCCGAGUCUCGGCCGAGCGACUGGUUGAAUCUAGUCAGACACGAUCGCCGAAGUGCCACUACGAACGAGCUAUUCUUGGCGGCAACGAGAGGCGAGGAUGGCGAAUCGAGCGACGAUAAGCCGAAUGGUCACGUGGUCCAGUCUGAUCGGCUUAAGAUUGCGACACGUUCUGCCGCUCGGGCUGAACAUCGAUUGUCGGCAAACAACAACGCGAUAACUCACGAUUCAGAGAGAUUGUUAGCGAAUAAUAUUAAGUGUCCGAUCGUGCUGAACGGUACCGAUCGAUUGAUGGAUGCUACUGGCAAGAGGACGCCUCCUCUCAGGAAGACAAUCGAUCUUGGCAAGCACGUGAAUCCGGCGUUGAUCGACAACAAACUCGAGAUACCACCGUUGCCGAAGCGCGCGGUCACGGUCGAUAGAUCGUGCAUCGAUACGACGAGUAUUUUUGAUCAGAGUCCGCCGAGAAAUCGUCUGGAACCACGAAAAAGACACCAUGAAGCGGAGAAAUUGAAACACGUGGCCGCUGUGGAGAUCAUGGAUAAAUUGAAAGAGCUACAGACGGAAACAUCACGGCGGCUCGACGAUGAUAAGAAGGGCUCCUUACCUCAAGAAUAUUUCGCUCAGCAGCUGAGAUAUAUCGAGUUGUUGGAAGAUCAACUAAAAAACGUGAUAUUAGCGGAAGAGGAGGAAAGAAAGGCUUUCGAGGAAUUUCAAACGCAUUUUCAUCGAACGAAACAAUGUGACGACACGAGGAGAUCGUCUCCCGAAGAAACCUCGAAAAAAAUCAGCUUAAAUCUCGAACGUGAACGUAAAAUUCCGAUCGAUGUCCAUGGGAUGACAGACGGAAAAUGUGGGGAAGAUAUGCGAGCGGGACCUCGAGGUCUCGAGGAGAAAUGCUUCAAAGAGAUCUAUCGAAGCGAGCCGAGAAUUCAAAAAGAAUCUUGGCAAGAGAAGUCACGGAAUAUAGAAAAGAAUCGUAUAGAGACGAUUGAUAAAGUAGGCAAUCGGCAGUUUUUGAAGAAAGUAUAUCAUGAGAACGGGCAUCACGAAGAGAAAUCCUCAGAAAGUAUUAAACAUGAGGAACGCCAUGUGAUCACGCAGAAGGAAAACUUGGCGAGAAUGGAGGAAAAUGGAACGUUUAAGUCUCGCGAGGACGAAAUGAACGAUCGUUGCACGAAAACGCAGUCGACAGGGACACCGAGAAACGACUCUGAGGUGUUCACUGAAAAGAUGACUCAGCGUAAGAACGUUGAAGUGAGGAGACCGACGAAAUUACCAACGAACGGGGAGGCAUUUCGCCAGCGAAUGUACGACGAGUACGUGCACAAGGUAUUAGAGCGGCAGGAGCGGAAGAGCCACAAAGUCGUGAAGAUCAGCUCGCACGAAGAUAUCAAACGCAAAGCGGAUGGUAACAUGAGCGCGAUGGCAAAGGAAUUCAUCGAGAAGGCACGCAGCAGAUUGAACAAGUUCGGGAUCAAUCUCGAUGAGAGCGGGACGGAGCACGAGGAUGAAGAUGGCGAUGCUCUGAUCAACGCGAAGUUCCUAAUAGACGGCAAGGAGCUGCAGGACAUUCGGAAGCUGCCGAAACAUCUGCAGGAGUUCUUGAAGAUCUCCACGAUGAGCGACGACGAGGGCGGUGACGGCUGCGAUGCCAUUGCGAAGAGAAGAGUCAGGAAUGAAAAUGAUCUGCUGCACGAGAUCGACAAAGCUUUAAGAAUCGGCAGGGGAUUUCUACUUGGGCAAGAAAACGUUAUGUUCGCCCCCACGUUUAAAGCCUCGUCGGCGAAACCAGGCGUUUGGUCGCCAGGACAAACGCCAGCUGAGAAGGCACCGAGUCCCGAACGAAAAAAAGAAUCACAGAAGAAGAACGAGCCGAUUCCGUCGGUUUGGACUCCCACUAGCGCCGGCGCGAGCCCUGUCGCUGAGAGGAAGGAAUUUCGUCCUGUGCCAUUCGAUAGUCCUGUACUAAGCCGGAAGAGACAGCCGAAGGAAAUUCUGUUCAAGGAGGCGCCUCCGCCCUGGGAAGGCGAAGAGAAGAAGGAGAGUGGCAUCUCGCGAAUCGUGAAUUCGCAUUCGGCACCCUCUCAGGGGUUGAAUACCCUCGCGUCUACGCCGCGAUUGCCACGUGCCCAGAAUCCGACCAUCACAUUGCUGCAGAAAGCGCGAGAGGGACAAUUGCCGAAAGGCGCAGCUUACUUGGAGGAAAGCGAUAAUCGGCCAGUGAACGACGAAAGACCGCUAAUCUCUCCGGGAGAGAUAAUCUACACAUUGAAGAAAGAAUACGAGAGCGAGCCAGAAACGGAGAAUGAACUGCCGAAGAAGAUGGCCGAUCUGAGCCCUCGAAAAUUCGAGGGAAUCGGACCGGUGACUAGGGAAGGUAUCCCUCUUGUGUUAAGAUCGGAAGUCAAGGAAAGCAAUCAAGCGAAAUGGUACAAGAAAAUGUAUGACUCGUUGCAUCGCGCUGAUAGAAACGAUGACUACGUAACCAUAAAAUACAAAUCAAGAAGAGGAGGGAGAUAUGGAUACGGAAGCGGCAGCGGAUAUUUGAGUGAACCGGAACCGCGUGCAUACUCGGAUCGAUCCGUUACUCUCGAUAGCCGUCGACGGCUGCGCAACAAAGAAAAUGACUUCACCACGGCGACUAUGCCCAGAAAAAAUGGAGCGCUGAAAUACUCGACAGAGAUUUAUAAAAAUCAGCCCGGUCGCAUCGAAGAUUAUGAACCAGGGCAUUCGUCGAUUGCCGAGAAGGAAGCUAAAGAGUGGUGGGACGAGGUCAUGGACAUAUUUGACGGGUGGCUGAAUGAAAACGGACAUCCUCAGCACGCUAGGAUGGAGUCUCUGGACGGUGGCGUUCGGCAGUCCCGCGUCCUCAGCCUUUCCUACCGGCCGGAGGACAGUCCUUUCGAUCAGCGCAGCGACGUACGUGCCGCGGCCAAGCCGUACAUAACUCAUGCCCUCAAAGAGUCGGGUUACGAGAGCGAUUCGACGCUGGUGUUUCGCCGACGAGAAGAUAUUAGUCCGCUCAGCCUUUUGGAGCAGAGACUAGCAUACAAAACAGUGCAGAGCGGUGGUGACGUACCCCUCCAUGGGCUUCGCAAACCAGCUCCAGAACGUCCAAAGGACGACUCGGAGAUCGAAUAUUUCCCGAUCUCGCCAACUCUGACGAGGAUCCGCGUGCAUCGAAGAAGCGCCUCGUGCACGUCAAGAAUCACCUCGUCCACGACGGCAUUCUCGACGUGGCAUGAAUGGUCGAUAUUGUCCUCGAUCGAUACAAGAUCCCCGCCGCAGGUCAUGAGGGUUCCUCCUCAUAGCCUCUCAUCGUCCGGUAAAGCUCUUUCGCAAGCUAUGUCGGCGCCAAGGCCUCCUUCGCCGCCUCGAAGAAAAUCAUCACGCCAUAGCAGAACCUUGAGAAAAUUAUAUUCGGAGAAUACGCGAUUGAUCGAUAAUUCGUACACUGCAUAUUCGAAACCUAGACACGAACAGUGUUUUGCGCAUGCUGAUAGCGUAUCGAGCAUCAGGUCUCUAAAAGAGAGAUUCUGCAGCAAUCUUGAACGGCAUCGACAAAAUCGCGAGCAGUUUCAUAGCACAAUCGUUCGCACGUCCUCCAGCAGCCCGAUUGCCUCGAAGACUACCAAGGUGUCUGCUUUGUUGUCCAACACUUUUGGUAAAAGAAAAUCGGAUCCCUGCUUGUCACAAACUCAAUUUGAAGCAAAGAAGUUAAAUCUGCCGUCAAGUAGUGCGAGAAAUCACGUUUGUUCUUCAACGUCGCCAGCAUCGAAAAAUAUUCGCGAAUCUUCAGUGAAGCUUGAUAAACUCACAGCAGUAAAGGUACCAUCCAGACACGCAAUUUCUGCUACUAAAAUAAGACAGAAAUCUCUAGAGAGAAUAAAAUCAGAACCUCUCUCAACUCCGAAGAGAGAGAAACUUCGUUUGACGAAGAAAGAGCAAGAACAAUCUUGUAGAAGGCUAAGCAGAUCACAGGAACUCUCCUCACCAGUGGAGGUCAAGAAAGUUUUGCAGAAGCACAAAGAGAAAGAAACGAGGGAUGUGCAGACUAAGAUACUUUCAUUGGGUACUGUAGUAAAGAGCUCGUCGACGAAUAAACAAAAGCGUCCAGUGGAUAAAUCUCUCAAAGCUGUUUCGCUCAAGGAACAGGAAGUAUUACGAAAGACAUCUGAACAGCGUCCUGAACAGCUUACGGCAACGAAAAGAAGGUCAAGCGCACAGCUAAAGUCUCCUGCGAAAAGUGCGUCAUCACAGAUCACUAAGACGGAGCCAAAGAAGACGAAGAUCGUCGCGAAGCCGCCAGAAAAGCUGGUUGUUAGCAAGGAAUCUUUACGUUCGAUAUCUUCGUCCUGUUCCGAAGCGAUCAGUGAAGUGAACAAGAGAAAGCGACCUCGUGAGAAGCCGCACACGAUCGUCAAAACUCCGACAAGGAAGCCGGAGAUAAUACGUAUAACGGUGAACGGUGACUGGAAAAAAAUGGAUGCGAGAAGGAAAGCACGGAAAGAUAAGAGCGUCGAUGAAAGGGAUGUGAGCAAGGCUUUGAAUGGGUGGAGAGAGAUGGCCGAGAAGGAUGAGAUCAAGAUACUGAGGAGAAUAGAGAAUAUAGCGCCGAGUGUCGAACAAGAUUCCAAGAUCACCUGCUUGACCGUGGAUAAGAUCAAGAAACAUCAGGAAGCAACGCGCACAGACACUUUCUUCCAGAAUCUUUUUUUACGGAAUCAUCCGUCGCUCGCACAAUCUCAUGAAGAAAAUAUAAAGAAGUCUCUCGUUAGCGAGCGUGCAAAAAUGUUCCAGAACGGCGUAAGAGAGAGCUUCAGGUCGGAGUCUCUGAAGUCUUUAAGCGUGUAUUUGGCGCACAAGCGGCCGGUCUCGAACUCAAAGUUCAAAAAUUGGGAACGCGAGAGCGUCAUCUCGUCCAGGAGUUCAAGUCCGUACGGAGUCUGUUGGCCUGGCCGAUCGGUUUUUCAAAAGAUCGGCAAGUUUGACAGCUUGUUGGGCAUCGAUGAUUUUGGUUCGUCCACUAUGUUGCGUGUUCGUAGUCCAGAAUCUAUCUCGCGAGAAUACGUAAAGGAGCGAAGUCUAAGCGAGCCACCAUUGAAGACUCUGCCCGAGUCCAGAGAAUCUUCGCCAAGAUCCUCUUCGCCAUCUCCGGUGAGAUCGCAGGCGUCUCGACGGACUCACAUCUCCAAGAAGGAAGAGUUAGACGUCCCGCUGAUGAUUAUGAAAAAAGUAAGAGCCAGAAGCGCCGGUGAGGCAGAAGACGCCAAGAGGGACGGUUCGAGUUUAUCAUUGACGAAAAGUACCGGUUCAUUAUCGUCUAUGGAUCGCGAAGAUUAUCAACAAUAUAUACUCGAAUUGUUGCACCACAGACGUAAAUCGACACGGUAUAAAGAUCUGCGCGAUUUCUAUACGAAUCUCAGCAGGAUGGAUCAGUUGGAACGUACAUUUUCCUCCGGGGAUCUACGACCGCGGCUGAAAAACGAAGAAAUUAUCGAUUAUGAUCGUUGGAAAUGCGUUAGAUCGAAGGAAAAGGCAGAACAGGAACUGAAGGCGCUUUACGGAAAGCUGAAGAGCGUUCAACGUGACAAGGACUUUCUUUUUAGCGCGAAAGACAUUGAUAAAUUUAGGUGGCACGGCGAUUGUGGGCUGCGCUGCAAGGAACGCUCCGUGGAAGAUAUUUUGCAAUAUUUUCGAAGACUUCAGAGCGAGGAAGGCGAACUGGACUUCUCCAAAAAAAAAGCUAUCAUGCAGAAAGAUACUUAUAAACCUCUCUGGCGUGGAAAUUCGGUCAUAAAUGUGGCAACUACGAUGCAGAAGAAGGCGAAUGUUAAUUUUCGGGAUACUAACAAAUUCGCAGAUUAUCAUCCAUCGUUACAGAAGAGUCUCGGCGGCAGCAAGAAGUUCUGGAGCAGUUUGUCCAUCGAGCAAAUAACCAAUUUAAAGAAGCAACUAAACGAAAUUUACGGUAGCGACAGUCCCCAGAAACGGUCGAACGACGACAUUGUCGAUGCACCUCGCGAAAUUAGCGAGCAUCAGCAACCUAUUAAAGAAAAUCCCAUUAUUAAAGACGAAAAUUUAACUAACUACGAAAUUAUUGUACCGCCUGAAGGCGAUUCCCAGAAUUAUCCUCAAGAUGAUUCAAAGAGUCUUCACGUACGAUGUCAUUCAAUGAUAGCGACAAACGAGUCAAUAUUAAAAAAACAGAAUGAUGUCGAGAAAACCUUGAAGAAGAGCGAUUCCAUUGGGCGUUUGAAGAGCAUUGAGAGAUCAGAAUCAGAGAAAUCGAUCUCGCCGUCGAUGUCGGAGCUGGAGAAGAAGAGGCUGUCGUUGACUCUCGGUAAAGAAGUGCUGGACAGAAUGAUGCAAAAAAGACAAUCCUCGCCUUUAGCUCCUCGCGAGACUCGUGGUAGCAUUGCCGCUGCCUUAGCGGCCAAGAAAAUGCCGGCAAAACCGUCUACAAAGAGUACCGCAAGACUUCCUUGUGCACCCGACACGCCCAGUGUGGCCAGCACCUCCCCCAGGACUUGCUAUUCCCUCGAAACGUCAUAUGUUGAAGACACGAUUAAAUCGAAAGACAAAAGCGACUUCCUGCUGGUGUUAACGCCCAAUAACGAGAACCCCAGUGACAAGCAACGCGUAGAGACAGUGCUCGAAGAAUGGUCGAAGAAACCUCCCUUGUUGGCCAUGACGAUGCCAACCGAGAAAGCAAAAUCGAGCAGCAAGUUUGCCUCGGGCAGUGAUGGAGACAGCAUGACGGAGAGUUCGGAGACCUCAGUGAAAACGGUGAUCCAGCGUGGACCCGAAACGGAGGACGUAUCGCGGAAGAUCGAGUUCUUCGAGAAUGUGGAGAAAAGAACAGAACAGCAGAAAGAGAUCGUGCCGUUGGCAACAGCUACGACGACAACUACUACGACGUGGACGUUUCGCGGCAAGAAGAAGUUACCUUCGUCGCAGAGUUUCACUGAUCUGAAAGAGCUUUUUGGCGAGUCUGAAUUAGCCAAGUAUAGUUCGUUGGCCGGUACUGUCGGUAGGUUCGAUCGAUCGCGAUCGACGUCGCCGCGGGAACGAAAGAUCGAUGGUAGUUCACCGACGUUGCUGGAAAUGAUGAGUACGCGACAACAACGACGGUCGUUCCGCUCCUGUUCACGGGAGCGUGAACAUAACGCGAGGCCGCGCAGCGUCAGUCCGUGUCGCGCGACCACGCGAUCGAACUCGUCUUGCAGCGUGGACAGCGGCGGCGGUUGGCCGCGCAGUUCAUCGCCGGAUCCCGAGAGGUACUGGCGAGCCUAUCUCAACCUGGUGCGGAACGGCACGGUGCGUAGAUUACGCGCGAGAUUCGAGAGCGCCGAGGAUCUACCUCGACGCGUCAAGAUCACCGCCGCGCCGAAGCGCUUUCGCAGUGAUCCGGAAUUGGCACGGAGCUUGUUGAAGAAGGCGACCGAGAGAGAAGAGCAUGGUAGUGCUCUAAAAUCUCACGAGCACGUCGACGUGGCAUGGUUGCGCAAGAAAUUCGAGACGAAGAAGGGACGACCGCGGAUAGGACGAAGGGGCGAGUCACCACCGAUCUCGCGAGUACCGUUGCGUCGGGAAAAUCUUUCGAUGCCGCACAUCGAUGUCAUCAGCAAAACAGUCGAAUUGAAGGAGCCCCAAGCUACCAGCACUGUUACCAAUCACGUGACCAGACGAGCGGAGACCAAAGAACUCGAGGCGAAGAAACCAGUCUGUCGGAUGCGGAAAAGAUUCGAAUCAUUGGACACCGGUGGUGGCCGAACUUCCAUAAUGGGCGAGAUGUUCACGUCGGCGCCGGAUGUGCGUGAACUUCGUGACAUUGCGCCCUAUUUGGCUGGGAAGUGGGUAGCGCACCGAUACCCCAGUCGACGGGACAACAUGCGCUCGUUGUCAUCGCCGGCCGAUCUCAGAAUUCAUCGAGGUACCUCGAAGAUGCGAUCUUCUUCGGUUGACAAGAAGAAACCGGAACGUCCGCGUGCCACCUCCUCGUCGCCGACACGACCGCGAACGACCCCUGCAUCGAUCCUCAAACCGUCACAGCAGACUGUCUUCGCCGGACAACCUUUCGACCCUGACAAACACAGACCGAGGUUCAGGUACCAACCACCGCCUCCACCGCCUUCGCCUACCACCAUGCGAAAGCAUAGAACCUGGUGGCCGACUCUGCCUGUCUACAUGGCGCGACCUACCGUCACCUUCGAAGAAUACUCGAAUGCACCCCCGCCGCCACCAAAAUCCCAGCACUGCAGAGACGAUCGCCAAGAAUCGCCGAGGCGUUAUGUGGAGGGUGAGGUGACGAUUCACUAUCGCUCGCCGGUGCGUACAGAGGCGAAGGAGCCGCUGAGUGAGGAGGAGCUCGCACGUCGCAGCGCGGAGAACAUGCGGCGCGUCUACCAGGAGGAGCGCCGUCGCAAGUAUCUUCAGGAGUUACAUGACAUCGACUCCCGCAGACACACCGAUAAUUUUAUACCAUCACAAAAGUCGCCCAUACCCUUGAAUCGCUACGACGAUUUUGUGGACGAUUUGAGCCAGCGAAGUCGAUCUCAAGAUCAAACACCGGAGCCACGUCUGGUAGCAAGAGCGCUCUACAAUUUUGUCGGCCAGUCGUCCCGGGAAUUGACUUUCCGGCGCGGCGACCUUAUAUUCGUACGACGACAGGUGGACAAAAAUUGGUACGAGGGAGAAUACAAUGCGAUGAUCGGACUGUUCCCUUCCAACUAUGUCGAGAUCUUACCGUACGACGGUACGAUGCGAACGACACCAAAGAAGGCUCACGAGGGACAGGCACGGGCCAAGUUUAACUUUAUCGCUCAGACGAAUCUCGAGUUAUCCUUGGCAAAAGGCGAAUUGGUGGUCUUAACAAGAAGAGUCGAUGAAAAUUGGUACGAGGGACGUAUAGGAAACAGAAAAGGGAUCUUCCCGAUUUCCUAUGUCGAAGUUAUCAUCGAACCCGGACUUCGAUCAGAGACACCGAUUCAGAAUAAACCGGUUGCGUCUCCGGCGGCGCACAGUCUCUUAGCAAACGGCUCGUCCGGAGGGAAAAUGAGUAUGGGACCCCAUCAUUACGUGCCGUCCAUCCCGGUCAAUAUCAACACAACCCAGCCCCAUUAUAAUUCACUGCCACGUAUGGGAGGGAGCAAGUUGCAUGUGUCACAACUCAGCGAAACUCUGCAUAUCGACACACAUUCGGAACCAAUCCCAUACCGGGCGUUAUACAACUACAAACCGCAGAACGACGAUGAGUUGGAGUUGAAGGAGGGUGAUACGGUGUACGUGAUGGAGAAGUGCGACGACGGAUGGUAUGUUGGUUCCAGUCAGAGAACCGGCUACUUCGGCACCUUCCCGGGCAACUACGUGGAGAGAUUGUGAGGAAGGUCGACGGUCCAGGACGCCACACGGCGCAUCAGGACCCAGGAUAGCUUUCACCAAAGCACUAAGCGUUAGAAUAAGCACCAAAUUUCUCAACGUUUAACCCCAUCGUUUCUUUCGACAUUACGAAGAUUUUUGCUAAGCCAGAAGAGACUUUUGUUGAAGGGAAUUCUAAUAUUUUUUUUUAUUUUCUUCUUUUUUUAUUGUAAAAGUGAAGAACGGAUAUGUAUAUAACGCAUGAUUGUAACUCCUGCAUCUUUUACGACGCGAUUAUUUACAGAUAAUUAUGAGUACAAUUUAUUUUAUGAUUAUUUACUUCUUUAUUGUGCAGGCGCACAUUUACAGUUUUAUUUCA